AUGGACGACCUCUCUUUCCUAGACGCGUACCUCGAGCAAGGUCAGAGCAAUGCGACGUUGAAGGUAGUUCUUCCCAACGGAGAGGUUCGCGAGAUCUCUGAUCGUAUCUGCCCUUUCAAGUUUCUGGACAAAUGCCCUCUAUUGUACCAUGCAUUCGAGUACGGUUUCCAGAGUCGCUUGCAAGCCAGCCUUGAGGCUCCGUCCGAGUAUGCCAUCAUAUCGCUUCUCCGUUACUGCUACACCGGUAGCUAUCUCCCUCCACAAGCAGAGUAUGGGCCAAUACUGCUUCUUCCGCACGUCGAAACGUACAAGAUUGCCGAAGACUUCGAUGUUGCCGAGCUACAACUACUUGCGCAUGGCAAUAUCUCGCUACAGGUUGAUUUCGCCUGCUCUCUACCUGCCCCUCCACAAGACUUACUCGAAACCAUACGUUUCGUGUAUCGACAUUACGCGAGUCAGAAGGCCCGCCGACAACAUGCUCUUGUUGACACGCUCCUCAACUACUGCAUCUCAACUUUUCUGGCCCACAGACUCGGCGAAGAGGCCGAGUUUCUCAAGAUUGCGGCCGAUGUUCCAGACUUUCGUCAGGACCUCUGUCGCAUGAACAUGGAGCGCAAUUUCGAGGAUGAAUGCGCACAGGAUAUCAUACGGUUGUGUCUUGACACCCUCCAGACUCAGCCUUGCGUUCGCCCGACCGUCCUUGCUUCAAGAGACCUACCACAAGAGAUGAUUUGCGGCGAUUCUGUAGACAUUCUGCGCGAAUCGCACUACCCGCGUGGUGAUCACUGGACUGCCAAUCAAACCAAGACUCAUGAAGAGGUGGGUCAGGACAACAUGGUCGAUUCGGUUAUUACAACCUUUGUGCAUCGGCCCAAGGUCGAGCGGCGAGUCACCUUUGCAGAAACAAACGUCGGUUUGCAGUCCGUAGAUUCUCACUCCGGCCACUCCGAAAGCACUCCUACGUUCAAGCUCCCUGGAAUAGCUACUAGCUUUCCAGCACCUGCUUUCUUCGAUCCGCCUGCCACACAACCAACACCCAACGGUGACUCCUCCGAUGAAGACCAGGGUUUCACGUUAGUCUCUCGACCCAAACCGCACACCCUGGCUACAAUCGACGAGCCAAUGUCCAGUCCUGAGAUGGUUCCUACUCCUGUUUUUGAUAUCCUAGCCGCCAGCGGCACUGACUACGCCAGCGACGACGACUGGGAUAUGGUCUCUACGACUAAGAUAUGA